UUAACGAUAGCGUUCUAACCACUGCUCACUCUCCAAUGCAACAAAAAUUAGAACAGGAGUUUGAAGCAAAAUUGGAGGUGCAUGAUGAGGAAGUUCCACAUAAAAAGAUUAAAACACAACAUGAUAUGAUCAAAUUUAAAAAAUCGAAAGCCUUUCUUAUCUUUGAUAACUUUGUGCGUGAAUUGAAUGAAUCGAUAAAAUCCAAACCUCUUCCUAGUGAUGCAAAUAUAAAACUCUCACCAGUAUUGGAGAUGGUAUUAACAUUUUUCGACGAUUUGGAAGCUUAUAUGGAACAAUUUCCACCAGUAGAAUUUAGAGAUGGACAAACUUCAAGAUUUGGUAAUUUAUCAUAUCGUGAUUGGUCUGAUAAAAUGUCUUCGGAAGCUGAUAGAAUGAUGGAUUCAUUGUUAGAUAAAGCUUUGGAACAUUCUUCACCAGCAAGUGACGAAUCAGGUGUAUAUACAAUGUAUAAUAAGAAAGAGGAAUGGCAUAGAAAAGAAUUAAGUGCAUAUUGGAAGGAUAGUUUUGGAAACAAGACUAGAAUUGAUUAUGGUACUGGUCACGAAGCAACUUUUUGUGCUUGGAUGUGCUGUUUAGCUAGAUUGAAUAUUGUAACUCUCAGAGAUUCAUUUGCUCUUGUCUCUGUUAUUUUCCCUAGAUAUAUCGAUUUUAUGAGAAAGGUUUUAUUAUUCUACAAAUUAGAGCCUGCUGGUUCUCAUGGUGUUUGGGGUCUGGAUGAUCACCAAUUCUUAACUUAUAUUUGGGGAAGUUCUCAAUUAAUUAAUAAUCCAGAAGAAAUCAAACCAACCUCAAUUCAUGACAGAGGCCUUGUGGAAAGAUACUCUGAUAGAUACUUGUAUUUGGCUGGUAUUGAUUUCAUUAAUAGAGUUAAAAAGGGACCAUUCGGUGAGCAUUCUCCUCUUCUUAAUGAUAUUAGUGGAGUUCCAAGAUGGACCAAGAUUAAUUCAGGAUUAAUUAAGAUGUAUUACGAUGAAGUAUUAUUCAAAUUUGUUGUCAUUCAACACUUUUUAUUUGGAAAAUUACUUCCAUUCGAAGUUGCAGAAGAGAAAUAUGCCAACACAAGUCCUCCAACCACUAGUUUACCAAAUAUUGACUACUCUAACAUUGCAUCUGUUGCCACUACUAGAAUGCCUACAGUAACACACAAUGCUCCAAUCCAAACCACAAGACCAACUCCUAACACGAACCCUUCACAAACUCAAUUUACAACAGUUCGUCCACCAAUUAAUAAGCCAUAA